AUGCGUUACCCACUCCAACCCGACGUCCGAACUCCCACUGCGCACCAGCUUAACAUCCAAGGACUAGUCUACCACUAUCCAGCCGGUGUUCAAUCAAUUGACGACGAAAUGGACUCUCUCAUUGACCUGUCGGACCCCUCCAAGGCAUUGGAUUUGUCCCGCAUUCGAUACCAGUUGAUUCGUCUCGAAGAUACCAUUACUUUCCACCUGAUUGAGCGGGCCCAGUUCGCGCGCAACAAAACGAUUUACGUCCCCGGCGCGCUGAACAUACCCAACAGCGAGCUGAGCUUCAUGGACUGGUACCUCUGCGAACAGGAGAAGCUGCAGUCCAUCAUCCGCCGCUACGAUUCUCCCGACGAGUACCCCUUCUUCCCCGGGGCCGUUCAGAAGCAGAUCCUCAAACCCCUGCACUACCCGCGCAUCCUGCACCCCAACGACGUCAAUGUCAACAACCAGAUCAAGGACUUUUACGUGGACAAGUUCCUCCCCGCACUCUGUCCCGAUUUCGGCCGAGAGGACCGCGGCGAGUCCCAGGAGAACUACGGCUCCUCGGCCACCUGCGACAUCGCCUGCCUCCAGGCUCUCUCGCGCAGAAUACACUUUGGCAAGUUUGUUGCCGAGUCCAAGUUCCAGUCGGAUCCGGAAAAGUACACAAAGCUUAUCAAGGCCGAGGACCGCGAGGGCAUCGCCGACGCCAUCACGAACGCCGCGGUGGAGAAGAAGGUCCUCGAGCGGCUCAGGCUCAAGGUGCUCACCUACGGCACCGACCCGUCCAUCGGAGCAGGCCCGGAAAACCAGGCCAAGAUUGACGCGGACGCCGUGGUGGCCAUGUACAAAGACUUUGUGAUACCCCUGACCAAGGAUGUCGAGGUUGAAUACCUCAUGCAGAGACUAGAGCCGGUGGAAUAG